GAUCUUGUCAUGCCCGGGCAUACAGUGUGACGCGUAUAUGUGUAUACAGCCAUCGAAAGUCACCAGUUAUAGUGUCACAAGUCACUGGAUGAGAGAGCCAUAGGAGCUGGAAAUCUGCGAGAAGAUAUCAGCUAAACGGCAAACCAGUCAGUGACGAUGUCUCCGUCAGCCAAGAACGAGAAAAGUCAAGGAGGAAACACUUGGCUCAGAAUUCUGCUCGUAACUGGGGUUCUUCUUGGAUGCUACAUGGCGUAUAGAGGGUUCUCCACCGAAAAAUCAACAGAGCCUGAGGUGGAAACCAAGCGGGAAGAACCAAGCGGCGAGACGAAACCCGAAACACAAGAAACACAAGACUCUGAACCGAAAGAGGAAGAAGAAAGUAACCCGGAAGCAGACUCCGAUAACCCGGAAGAGCAUAAUAUGGACGAGGUAGGAGGAGAUAGCGAUGAGUUUCAAGGAAGUGACGUUGACGUUGACGUUGACGAUGAUGGUGAUGAUGACAAUGAUGAUGAUGAUGACGUAGCCAAUGGAGAGUGAGGAGUUAGUAAGCUUUAGGGUUUCCAGUUUAAAAAAAUAAUCGUUUUAGCUGGCCUCGCUUCUGGCAAAGCUCAUGGAUGAUUUGUAUGUGGUGUUCAACUGCCAAUUGUGUAAGACAGAAAUGACUGGUACGUUUCAAACGCUUUGGAUUUUAAUUUCACUAUUCCAUCAGUAUAUGAAAUUAUUGGGGGCAAAACCUGAAUGAGAUAUCUGUCUCGAUUGUGACAUAAUAUGGUCAAGUCUCGCCCGCAGAGUUGAGAAACGAAAGAUUUAGACAAACCGCAAAAGUCCCUUUUUUGGAUACAUUAAAGUUUGUGGCAACAAAUUUCCACACAGAUUGAUUAAAGUUAUCAGGUGUCAGGAAGCGUCGUACGUGGUUUGUUGUAACACCUCACAUGAAGUAAAGAGAUAUAUUUUAGACGUUAGUAUAAUACAUGUGUCGCCUUACAUCAUUUCGUUAUACUUGCCGCACAAUAUGCCACCAUUCUUUCAGUUGCCAGUGAAACAGAGGAAGUAGAAAAUGUUUGUUUUAAGUUAUACAUGAAGUAAUUUUUGCAUUGUAAACAUAGAUGCCUGUAAACAUAUAGAUGUGAACAAAAUAGCUCAGUCAGAUGAAUUUUUCUCUCCAUCUUUUAGCAUUCUUCUAAUCAGCACCCUGGAGGAUGUGUUUGGUGUUGGAAAUACGGAAUUAGUUUACCCAUAGUUGAUAACUGUGGCAGAGGUCAUUAACCCUAUCCAAAGUAAAAUGACCAGAGGCGUUAUUUCAUUGGCUACGUGUGAUCAUUCGCCAGAUACCAGGAAUCCCUGUGUCACUUUGACUCAUUGUGUAAGAUUUAAUCAUUGCUUUCAUCGGUAUUAUUGCUGCAUUUUUUCAUCUGUAUUAUUAUUGCAAUGUAUAAGAGUUUCAUUCGUUAGGUGUAUUCUUCAAACCUGUGUAGGCUUACAAUAAUUUGUCAUAUAUUUGUCCAGUAUAUACGUAAAACUGACAUGGCCAAAAAUUAAGUAAAAAUCUUGUGACUAACAGCAUUGGUUUGGGAAUAAAAUUAUUUGCACAUUA